GUGCGUGUUCAUUGGUGUAUUUUCGGUGCGUUUGUUUACGAACGCUUCUGUUUGUAGAUGCACAUUCGCUACAAAAACGCAAAACUCAGCAUGUACAACAACUCAAAUGGAAACGUUGAGCAUGCAAACACUAGUAAAGAGGACGCUGGACAAUCCGAGAAGAAAAGUGUGAUGAAAAAACAGGAUAAAGUACGAGAUACCGACGGCAAAGCAGCUUUGGAUGAAGAAGCUGUGCAUGAGGAGGAGGAGGUAGAGGAGGAAGAAGAAAUAGAGACAUUGGAACAAAGUCAAGGUGACGCCGAUGAGACAGUUGAAAUGAUCACAGAAACGCUGGAAAAGGAUGACGCGGAAGCUCUGGAUGACGAGGAAGCAGAGGAAGCUGACGUCGGGAAGGUUAAACAGACGAACCAAGAGCUAUCCGAUGCGGAGGACGAUAAAAAGAUCACUAUCGAAAUCCUGAAACCCGGCCACGAUGAAAAAGAGAUGGAGGCAAACGUUUCGCGUGAAGAGAAAGCCUCGGUCGAUCUGGCCAUGUGCAGGGUGUGUAUGGGAACGGGAGAGCUAUCGGAUAUUUUCCAGCUCGAAGGGCCAGCGCGCGUCAGCGAUAUCAUAAUGAAAUUGUGCACCAACGUUCGCAUCACGGCGCGCGAUCAUUUGCCGCACAAGAUAUGUGAAAGGUGUCUGGGACAGGUGCGCAUCGUGAACGAGUUUAAGAAUCGUUGUGAAGCAUCGGAUAAAGAAUUACGAAAGAAUUUGAAACGAAGCGCCAACAAAAGUCGCCGACAAAGCGAUUUCAUUGUGGUGAACUGUCCGAUGUCGGAUUCGGACAAGGAGGACGAUGAGCCGGUCGAUGACGACGAGUAUAAAGUGUCACAGUCGGAAGUGGAAUCGGAACCAGGCACUUCAGAUGACAGUUUUUCGCCACCCAACAAACGGAAACGUACGCCGAAAAGAAGGGGCCGUAUUCCGGGUUCCGGUCGAAGAGGUACGCCGGGUCGAAAGCCCAAGAACAUGGUCACCAGCACUCCAGCGACCCUAGGGACGUUUAAGCGCGGCCCGGGCAGGCCACCGAAGUAUCCGAAAGCUUCUAGCCUAUCGAACAUAGUGUACAUAGAAGCACCGGAUGAUAGUUCCAGUUCGGGCGAGGAAGAGGAGGUGAAACGCAAACGGCGGAAGCGUGGUGACAAUCCGUGUCCAAAGUGCGACGAGGUACUUCCCAGCCAGCUUGCUUUGAAACAGCACCUGAAAACCCAUCCCGGCGAUCGGUUCGAUUGUGACCGUUGCGCACUGUUCUUCAGAACGGAACGCGCUCUCACGAACCACAUUGAACGACACAAAAAGGCGGACAGAAUUCGCGAAGAAAAGCGCAAAGAACGCGAACAGCGCAUGGAGCAGCGUUCUAGGCACACGCCAAAAUCUUCAGACGCAGAUAAAUCGAAGAUGACGACUUCGCAAGGUUCGUCGACGAUGGAAAGAAAGAAGAAGUCAGAAACAUCCGGCGUCAGCAGUGGGAGAGAUCUGUUCAAGUGCGUAGCACCGCUGACGUCCACCUAUUGGAGCGACAGUUUCUCCGACUAAAUGUCCAAACCGUUGAAACGCGCAUAAAUCAUCGAGUAGGAAGUAAACAAUUUUCUAUUGGAGAACGAG